AAGACGUCAACAACAUGAGUGUUAUGGAUAAUUCCUGCCACAGCCAUGAAACAGAUAAUGAUGAUGAUGAUGCAGGGAUGGAGUCUGGUGGAUACUGAGAACGCUCACCCGCAUGUCACAUGUGGGUUUGCGGUAGUGUUGCCAAACAGGCACUAUUUUUAGUGUCGGAAUGUACACAGAGGCCUCGUGGAAAGAGAUCAUAACAAGCAGCACGCUUGAGAAAGAGUCACACAGCAGCAGCAACAUCGGAGAAAAGAAGGAGAAAGUACAAGAAAAUGUCAAGAUAUCAUUUUUUCUGCUGAGAGUUCAGAACCUAAACAGACAGAAGAAGGAUGGAGCGAGCGGACGUGUUCCUCUUCCAAGACAAGGAGCAGUCAUCCAACCUGCUCCUCCAGCUGAACAGCCUGAGACAGGAGAAGCUUCUGACAGAUGUUCUACUCUGCUCCGAAAACACAGAGAUCCCCUGCCAUCGCAACGUCCUGGUCUCCAGCAGCCCUUACUUCCGAGCGAUGUUCUGCAACAACUUCAUCGAGAGACAGCAGAACAGGAUCAACCUGCAGGGAAUCCCGUCGGGCGUCCUGAGUGGCAUCAUCGACUACGUCUACACCGGGUUGGCUAACAUCAGCGUGGAUAACGUGCUGAUCUUCAUGCAAGCCGCUUCCAUGCUGCAGUACGGUCGUCUUUUUGAGGCCUGUUCCAGUUUCCUUCAGGAACGUCUGAGCCCUGAGAACUGCUUGAGCAUGUUAAGGCUCUCUGAGAUCCUGAACUGUGACACUUUGAGACACAAAGCGAAGGAGAUGGCCAUGAAGAGCUUCUCCCGUGUGUCAGUUUCGGAGGAUCUACAUGAGCUGUCUUUGCCGGAGAUCAUGGGCUACCUGGAGGACGACAGCCUUUGUGCUGAGGAGGAGCAAGUCUUUGAGACUCUUGUGGCUUGGAUCCACUUUGAUCCUUUAUCCAGACGCGGCGCCAUCGGCGACCUUUUCAAGAAAGUACGCCUUCGCUACAUCCAUCCCACUUAUUUAUUCCAAUUCAUUGCUAACGACCCGCUGGUCCAGUCCUCCGCCAUCUGCGUUGAGCUCAUCGAAUGGGUGCGGCGCCUCAUGUUUUCUGUCAGCACCAAAUAUUUGGACGACUCCACGUGUGGUUUCAAACCUCUUUGGGUGGCACCCAGACGCUGUACCUAUCACGACACCCUCGUUGUAGUCGGAGGAAGGAAGAACAACGAGCAGACCUCAAGAGAAGCUUUGGUUCUGCAUGAGAAGAGUCAGAAGUGGCAGCGUCUGUCCAAGGUGCCCAUCCGACUCUACAAAGCGUCCUACGUGGCCCUCCACGGCGUGGUCUACGUUCUUGGCGGCCUGAGGACUAACACCAAAUACGGCCAAGUCAGCACAAGCGUCUACACCCUCUCGCUCAAGACCAACGAGUGGCGUGCGGCCGAGCCCAUGCUGGAGCCACGUUUCGCGCACCAGAGUGUCUCCUACCUCCAUUUCAUCUUCGUUCUCGGGGGGCUCGGGUCUCAUAGACGACUGACAGACGGCGUGGAAAGAUACAACAGCAUGUUCAACCAGUGGGAGUCCGUGGCCCCCAUGCCCGAGGCCGUGCUGCACCCUGCGGUGGCCGCCACCAACCAGAGGAUCUACGUGUUCGGUGGGGAAGACGCCAUGCAGAACCCGGUCCGAAUCAUUCAGGUGUACCACAUCACCAGGAACAUGUGGUGCAAGAUGGAGAACAGAACAGUGAAGAACGUGUCUGCUCCAGCUGUUGUGAUGGAUGACAAAAUCUACGUUAUUGGAGGAUACACCAGGCGAAUGAUUGCAUACGACGCCAAGGCCAACCGUUUCAUCAAGUGCACCAGUCUGAAGGAGCGGAGGAUGCACCAUUCAGCUACGGUUCUCAACAACAAACUCUACAUCACCGGAGGACGUUACAUCAACGGCCAUGACGUCAUUGAGGACUCAGACAGUUUGGAGUGUUACGACCCAAAGACAGACACUUGGACGUCCGAGGGGACGCUGCCAUAUAAACUCUUUGACCACGGCUCUCUGACUCUGACCUGUGUCUCACAAACGUGGGAUCAAUCGUAGCUGAGGGUAAUUCAUAAUGGCUGCCAUUUAUUGGGAUGUGGAAGGAUGAUGGAAGGGAAGGAGAACCUGUAAAGUUCUACCCACUCGCACAGGGAGAACAUGCAAAUUAACCACUUAAGUGGUGUACACAUGCAAGCAACAUUAGCUGUAUUUUUUUAGAUAAGAGAUAAUCAACUUGUAAAUGUAUAUAUUUUUUAAUCCUAGUCAACAUUGAUGUUCUCCAAUGUUUUAACAUUUGCAAUAAAAGUGUCUGUUGUAAUUCUUAGUUUCAGCUCUACAACCCUUGUUGAAUUGUAAAUGAUAAAAUCUACAGGUACUCCCCCCCCCCAAUGAAUGAUAAGGUUUUAGAGAUUUAGAGAUUGGUCAAAUGUGUUUGCCACUUCCUGAUUUUUUUUUUUUUUGCACGUUUGUCACAAUUAAGUGUUUCAGAUCAUCAAACAAAUUUAAAUAUUAAUCAAUGGCAACACAACUGAACA